AUGGACACGCAGCAGAUCAAGAACUUCGGUGGCGAGCUCACAGGCGAGAACGACGCCUUCUCCAAAACGUUCGGUAUCGAGCUGACACGACAGCAGCGCAUGAUCGGAUUCGCAGCGUGCAUGCUCGGCGGGUUUGUCAUCUCCUUGCUCGGAACCGUGCUGCUCGUCACUGGAUCUCUGGCCAUCUUUGUCAUCCUCUACUCGGUCGGUGUGCUGGUCUCGCUGACAGGGACAGGGUUCCUGAUUGGGUUCAUAAAGCAGUUUCAGCAGAUGUUCAAGCCGGUCAGGAUCGCGUUUACCUUGGUGAUGAUUGCGGCGUUCAUCAUGGUCUGGGUUUCGGUGUUUGCGAUCGGUAGCACGGUGCUAGCCAUCGUCUUUGUCAUUGUUCUAUACGUCGCCUUCUUGCUCUAUUCGUUGAGCUACAUCCCAUGGUGCAUCGACUUUAUCAAACGCAUGUUCAGCAAGCUCUUCUAG